AUGAUCCUGACGAUUAUCCUGAAGUCCGGACCCGCCACGAGGAGCGAAUACCCGGCUGCAGUCCGGAUCGGCGCCGGCUACUCCCGCUGCAGUUCAAAGCGCAGGGGGCGCGUCCGCCGCGCAGCCGGGAAUGUCCGGCAGCUUAAAGCGCUCGCCGGCUCUUUUGUUCCCCAGACCCGGCCUCCGGGGAGAGGGGGCUGGGGGAGGGGAGAAGAGGGGGGCCGCGGGCAGAGGAGGAGGGCGGUGCGGGCGCGGGCGGAGAGCGGAGCGCGCACCCCGGGCGCGGCUGACAGAUCGCCGCGCACCGCGUCCUCGCGCCGCCCUCCCGAGCUGCGCCGGCCCCGGCUCCUGUUGUCGUUGCUGCCGCUGCUGCUACUGUUGCCGCUGCCCGCACCAAGUCGGGGUCUGGGCCACUCCGCUGAACUGGCAUUUGCUGUGGAGCCAAAUGAUGAUAUUGCAGUCCCUGGACAGCCCAUAGUGCUGGGCUGCAGAGUGGAGGGGACCCCUCCAGUGCAAGUCUCCUGGAGGAAGAACGGAGCCGAGCUGCCUGAGGGCACCCACUCUACCUUACUGGCCAAUGGGUCCUUGCUGAUCCACCACUUCAGGCUGGACCAGGGAGGUGGCCCUUCAGACGAGGGAGACUAUGAAUGUGUGGCUCAGAACCGCUUUGGGCUGCUGGUCAGUCGGAAGGCUCGUAUCCAGGCUGCAACCAUGUCAGAUUUCCACGUGCACCCCCAGGCCACCAUGGGUGAGGAGGGUGGUGUAGCCCGCUUCCAGUGCCAAAUCCAUGGGCUUCCCAAGCCCCUGAUCACGUGGGAGAAGAACAGAGUCCCCAUUGACACGGACGAUGAGAGGUACACAUUACUGCCCAAGGGGGUCUUGCAGAUAACAGGACUUCGGGCUGAAGACAGCGGUGUCUUCCACUGUGUGGCCUCAAACAUUGCCAGCGUACGGGUCAGCCACGGGGCCAGGCUUACUGUGUCAGGCUCAGGUUCUGGGGUCUACAAGGAGCCCACCAUCCUGGUGGGGCCUGAGAACCUCACCCUGACAGUGCACCAGACUGCGGUGCUGGAGUGUGUCGCCACGGGCAACCCGCGCCCCAUUGUGUCCUGGAGCCGCCUGGAUGGUCGCCCCAUUGGGGUGGAGGGCAUCCAGGUGCUGGGCACAGGAAACCUCAUCAUCUCAGAUGUGACCGUCCAGCACUCAGGUGUCUAUGUCUGUGCGGCCAACAGGCCUGGCACUCGGGUGAGGAGGACAGCCCAGGGCCGACUGGUGGUUCAAGCCCCAGCAGAGUUUGUCCAGCAUCCCCAGUCCAUCUCCAGGCCGGCUGGAACCACGGCCAUGUUCACCUGCCAAGCUCAAGGUGAACCACCCCCUCAUGUCACAUGGUUGAAGAAUGGACAAGUGCUGGGGCCAGGAGGUCACGUCAGGCUCAAGAACAACAACAGCACACUGAGCAUCUCUGGAGUUGGUCCUGAAGAUGAGGCCAUCUACCAAUGUGUGGCUGAGAACAUUGCUGGUUCAUCCCAAGCCAGCGCCAGGCUGACCGUGCUGUGGGCUGAGGGGUUGCCAGGCCCCCCACGCAAUGUUCGCGCUGUCUCUGUGUCCUCCACUGAGGUUCAAGUGUCUUGGAGUGAGCCUCUAGCCCACACCAAGGAGAUCAUUGGCUACGUCUUGCACAUCAGGAAGGCUGCUGACUCACCCAAGCUGGAGUAUCAGGAAGCCGUUAGCAAGAGCACCUUCCAGCACCUGGUCAGAGAUCUCGAACCCUCCACGGCCUACAGCUUCUACAUCAAGGCCUACACACCAAGGGGGGCCAGUUUAGCCUCUGUCCCCACCCUGGCCAGCACCCUGGGUGAAGCCCCCCUCCCGCCCCCGCUAUCGGUGCGGUUGCUGGGCAGCUCCUCUCUGCAACUGCUGUGGAAGCCUUGGCCACGGCUGGUCCAACACAAUGGGGGCUUCAAGCUGUUCUACCGCCCGGUCAGCGCAGCCUCCUUCACCGGCCCCAUCAUGCUCCCUGGGACUGUCUCCUCUUACAACCUCAGCCAGCUUGACCCCAGCACCGUGUAUGAGGUGAAACUCCUCGCCUUCAACCAGCAUGGAGACGGGAACGCCACCGUCCGCUUCGUGUCUUUGAAGGGAGCCUCUGAGAGGACAGCCUUGAGUCCCCCAUGUGACUGCCGGAAGGAAGAUGUCACCAACCAUACAUCCACCACAGGCAUUGUCAUCGGCAUCCACAUCGGAGUCACCUGCAUCGUCUUCUGCAUCCUCUUCCUCCUGUUUGGCCAGAGGGGCAGGGUCCUCCUGUGUAAGGAUGUGGAAAACCAGCUCUCCCCUCCCCAGGGUCCCCGGAGUCAGAGGGACCCUGGUAUCCUGUCCCUGAAUGGCGUGAGCCGAGGAGAGGGGGGCCACCUCGGCCACGAUGAGAAGCAUAUGGAUGCCAAGGAGUUGGAGCAGUUGUUCCCCGCGGCUGGGCCAGCUGGGCAGCCAGGCUCCAGGCCCACAGAUCCUGCAGCCCCUGCUCCGUGUGGGGAGACUCAGAUCUCCAUGGUGCAGCUUCAAGGCUUCAACCUUGUGGCAGGAAGGACAGCAGAGGCCAAGUCCCCCUUUGCAGGGCCUGGGCCUGCCCCAGAACCCCAGGAUAUUGGCCUCCUCAGUGAAGGACAGGAUGCCCAGCCUCCAGCAGUCCCGGCUUCCCUGUGAGCCAGCGUUUGAUGUGUUCCGGAGGGGCAGUGCCCCAUUCUCAGGUUGAAGGCGAGGUUUCUUCCUGCUCCAUGGGACUUGAAUGGUUCUAGGAGCUCGCCAGUGCUUCUAGUUUAACUGAAGGGCAGGGUUCUCAAACCACAGGAGCCAGUGGGUCCUACAGGAAGGCAUCUCCCCUGCUAGAGCUAAUGUCCCCUCACCAAUGCCUGCUACCCACCAGACUUCUAACAAAACAAAGUUUUCCUUUAAAAAUCAAAAUUUGAAAGUCAAAAAAGAGAGGGAAAGAAGAGAGAGAGGAAGUGAAUUGUGCUCCAAACAAUGUGUCCCUGCUGUGGCGUGGCCCCUGAUGCCCUUGCCCCGAACCAAUCUUGUUUUCUCAGGAUGGAUUUUAGCUGUUUUGACUCUCAGCACCUACCUCAGCCGGAAUGAAUGUCCUUGGGAGUAGCGGGGCAAUAGCCUCAGCCCCCUGCCCCACAGAGCCCGAAUGCACUCCUACCUCAAGCUCCCUUUUGGGUACCCCUCCCACCCCAUAUUCUUGCCCUGAGUAAAAGAAAAAGGAGAAAAAAAUACAAAAAAAAACAAAGAAAAAAACAAAACAAAACAAAAAACAACACUAUCCCAACUCUAAGUGUGAAAGAAACCGUCUACCUCAAGCCUCAAGGCCCUUGGUGUGGGCCUGUGUUGUCACUGGGCUCUCCUACGCCUCCCUCUCCCCCAGCCUUGCCCACCUCUGCCCCAACAGAGGAGUCUGUGGCUAAGUAACCAUGGGGUUUACAGAAAUAGAGAUGAAAUUGGCCAGAGAGAAAAUGUGAAACAAGCCAAAACAAGAGGAAGGUUGUUCCUUGAAGUGUAAAUUGUUGUCCCAAACUGGUCACCUCCCGGCAUACCAAACCUGUCCCCCAUCUCCCGUGCCUGUCCACCCCUGUUCUGAUCUUCUCAGACAACCCGCUGGCCACCGGGAUCCCUCUAAUCCCUCCCUGCCCGGGACUGGGGAAGGUAGGACAUAACCUGGAGGCUGUCUCCUGUCCUGCCCAGACACGGGGCCCAGUCCCUAGAAUGUACUGCAUUACUUGGAGUGGGUACACCCCAACAGAGGCACCCCAGCUUUCUGUAUUAGGGGACCCAGGUAACCUGACCUACCCAGUCAGCAGGGGUGGCCAGGAGUUAUUUUUGUAUGAGGUGUGUUUACGUUUUAUUUCUCUUUUCUGUUGUGUUGUUCUUUGAACUACUUAGGUGAAAAAGAAGAAAGAAAGAAAUACCUAUUUUUGGUUACACUCAGAAACAUUUUUUUAAAUAGCAGAAGGAAAACUUUUUUUAAAGAGAAAAAGGGGGGAUAAAUAUAUUCCUUAAAAAUGAGGUUAGAACAUAAAGUUCUAUCCUAGACCCCAAAUCCUCUAGGGACUGCCCACCCUGAACUUUAGAUAAUUAGCUGAGAAAGGUAGAAUUUGUGGCGUUUUAUUAGAAAACUAGAGUCUUGUCCAAGUGAACUUGGGAAGGGCAGUUUGUCCCUUCUCCCAAAUGGUAGGUGGAUUCCAGGGCUCCUCCCACUCUGAGACAGUGCCCUCCGCCCUAUUCUCCUUUGGUCAGAGGGGCUGUGGGGAGACGGGACUGACCACCUCUUUGGCCUGGCUUGGGUUUGUCACAGUCUGUCCAUUUUAACUGAAUAAAGAUACUGUUGCCAAA